AUGUCGUGGUUAUUUGGAAUGAAACCUCAGGGGACUCCAUUUGUCCCCCCUUCUGAUUAUAAUCCCGAUGCCCCACCAGAAGGAUCAAAUGCUCCAAAUGUAAAUGAAAGUAAAGGUACACGAUCAUCAUACUCAUUUGACAGUACUGCUCUUGAAAGAGCUGCGAAAGCUGCAAAAGAUUUAGAAAGAUCUAACAAUGCUAAGGAAGCACUGGAAUUAUCUCGUCUCCAGGAAUUAACAAGACAAAAGGAAGUUGAUAAAGAACGAACUCAAAUAGAGGCACAAAUUGUUGCAGCAAAACUAGAACAAACAAGAGUCAUGGAAGAAGAAAGACGAAAAACAUUAGUUGAAGAGACAAAACAUGCUAAAGCGCGAGCAGAGUAUCAAGAUCAAUUAGCACGUAAAAGAUCCGAAGAGGAAAUUGCUUUAAAACAAAAAUAUGAGGAAGAAAGUCGCCGUAGACAGGAAGAUAGUGUGGCUAAACAAGAAGCUUUACGUAAAAAAACAAUAGAAUAUGAACUUCAACUUCGACAUAAACUUGACUUAGAAAAAAUUGAUACUGAAGUUAAAGCUAAAGCUAAGGCAGCACGUGAAAAUCGUGAUGUUAAUUUAGAACAAUUAAGAGCAAGUGAGGAGGAACGAAGAAAGACAAUUGUUGAACAGAUAAAAACAUCAGGAGCUUUAAUUGGAACAGGAUUACAAGAAUUUUUCAGUGACAAAAGAAAGAUGACUGCUUUUGUUGGUACUGCUACAGCUCUUGCUGUUGGUUGGUAUGCAGCAAAAAGAGGUUCAGGAGUUGCUGCAAAAUAUGUACAAACUCACUUAGGAAAACCUAAUUUAGUUCGUGAAACUAGUAGAAUUACUCCAUUAGAAGUUGCAAAACAUCCUUUAGCAACAGUAAAACAAGUUUUUAGAAAACCAUCAGAUCCUUUAGAAGGAGUAGUUAUAGCACCAAAACUUGAAUCAAGAUUACGUGACAUAGCAAUAACAACAAAGAAUGUUAAACGUAAUAAUGGAUUGUUUAGAAAUGUUCUAUUUUAUGGUCCUCCAGGAACAGGUAAAACUCUUUUUGCUAAAUCACUUGCUAAACAUUCCGGUCUCGAUUAUGCAAUUCUUACUGGUGGUGAUGUUGCUCCUAUGGGUGCUGAUGGUGUAUCAGCUAUUCAUAAAGUUUUUGAUUGGGCUAACACUUCUCGUAAAGGAUUAAUAUUAUUUAUUGAUGAAGCAGAUGCAUUUCUUAGAAAAAGAAGUACUGAAAAAAUUUCAGAACAUAUGCGUGCUAUGUUAAAUGCAUUUUUAUAUAGAACUGGAGAACAAUCAUCUAAAUUUAUGCUUAUUUUAGCAUCAAAUCAACCUGAACAAUUUGAUUGGGCUAUAAAUGAUCGUCUUGACGAACUUGUAUAUUUUGGACUUCCUAAACAACCUGAAAGAGAACGAAUUCUUUUACAAUACUUCCAACAAUAUGUUGUUGGACAAGCUGCUUCUAGUAGUCGUAAAAGUAGAUUAAAGAUUGGAGAUUUCGAUUGGGUAGAAUUACUUAAAGAUAUAUCUAUUAGAACAGAAGGAAUGUCUGGACGUGAGUUAUCAAAACUUGUUUUUGGAUGGCAAGCUUUAGCUUAUGCAUCUGUAGAUGGUGUACUUACAAAAGAGAUUAUUGAAAGUAGUCUUGAAAAUGCUAUUCAACAACAUAAAAGAAAAAUGGAUUGGUUACUUAGGGAAAUUAAUACAUUAAAUCCAAAGGAGCAUUCUAAUCUUGCAUUGGAAUCUCAAGCAUCAGAAAAAGUAUAA